GGUAACUACAGCAGUAGGUGGUAGUCUAUUACAUUUUGUCUACACCAAAGGCAUGAUCUCAUGUAUUUAUGUAUUACAAGCAUGUGGGAUAAUUUUCAACUAGUUACGCGAGCGAAGCCACCGGUAGAAGCUAGUGUUAGUUAUUCAUUGCACGUAGUCAGCAUUACCGUCGAGAUGAGCUUGGUGACCUGCCAACUUGCACACAUGUCGGGAAACACAGAUUUGUGUCACACAGGUAUAUAGCUGACAUCGAGAGACUACGUGUCUACUACUACUUUUUCGCGGGUAGGUGUUCUAAGAGAAAGACACAGGGAAAGCGUCUCUCCCAAAAAAAAUCAUUUUAUUUGGUUUUUUUUAGUAUAUACCACAAUUAUCACAAUAAGUACUGAUUAAAAGGCACUACCUGCUGGUAUAGUGUGUUUACAUCACUUUCCUACCGUAUAAUACUACCAUAACAUCAUCGGCAUCAUAAGCAUGGAGGCAGUGGAGGCGGUCAAUUGCACCCUGGCUGAGAUGAGGGCAGAGUUCAGGGAGCGGAUGUCUAAAUUCGAAGCCGGGCAUAGCAGCACACCGUCCAAACUUGCCUCUGGUGGCACUUCGAGUCUAGCACAGGACUACUGGACCUUUAAGCGGUUCAUGUUUGAUGCCCUUGAGUGUCUACAGCGGCAGAUGGAGUUUUUUGCUCGGGACAUGGAUGCGCAGGAGAUGAGAGGCCGGAGAAAGAUGUUAUUGAUCCACGGAGUUCCUGAAAUCCCAAAAGAAAACACAUCACUAGUGGUCACUGGAGUCAUACAGGAGAAGCUUAAAAUGGACAAUAUCACUACCUCAGAUGUGCGUAGAUGUCACCGGGUUGGCAGCUUCACCAAUAAAACACGUCCCAGACCAAUACUGGUGAAGAUGCAGGAAGUAGAUACUCGAGACAAAGUGUGGUACAACAAGACCCAGCUCAAGGGUACGGGUAUCACACUUUCAGAGUUCCUGACGAAGACACGACACCAGGUCUUCAUGGCGGCGCGGGAUAGGUUCGGUGUGUCGAACUGUUGGACUAAGCAGGGCCACAUAUAUGUUCUGGGACCGGAUGGCGUGAGGCACCGCAUAGUAAGUCACAGCGAGUUGCGUGCGAUCGGCGAGCCUGCAGCAGUCCCCGAGCGGUCUCCUGCGACGGUCCCCGAGCGAUCUCCUGCGGCUGUGGUUCGGAGAGGGAAGCGUGGCGCCAGUAAAAAGUGACUUCAAUGAUCCUGCUUCGUUCGGGUAACAAAUUCACCUCUUAUUUCCUUUGUCUUG